GUGGGCGUUCCCAUGGAGCUACCGCGGGCAGUCACUGGAUGACGUCGCCGCACAACAACAACAACAACACCAGCAGCACGGACCGCUCCAGCAGCAGCAGCAGCAGCCACCGGCCGGCGCUGUGGAGAGGGCGAGGCGGAGCGCGGUGCUAUGGCCAUGGCAGCAGCGGCGGAGCCUGUACAGGAGAGCCGGAGCUCAGACACAGAGCGCGGGGCUGCAGAGAGCGUGCAGCGGGCUGGAGGAGGAGGCGGUGUCCGGGCGCUGGUGGAUUGGAGGAAACCGUUCAGGACCACCGCGCUGUUCGCAGCCACCAACGCCGUGUUCUGGUUUGUGUCCCUGAGCCCCUGUAGAGUGGUUUGUCUUCUCGGCUUGUGUCUGGCUGUCUUGUUGCUGGUACAGCUGAUGAGGGAUGUCGUGCUUCCCAAGUCAAGAGGUACCAAUGUAUGGCGUAGUAUGACCAGCAGCUGGGAGAUGGUUGACUCAGGGCAGGAGGGCAGGUCUGGAGCAGAAGCUCAGUUCACAGACUCUUGGAUGAGCUUCAAGCUGUUUCUCGCCGAGACCUCAUCUUUCAAACAACAGAAUCCAGGCAAGUUCUGUCUGCUGGUAUGCAGCUUAUGUUCUUUCCUGGCAGUGCUGGGGCGUUACAUUCCAGGAAUUGUUAUUUCAUACAUUAUAGUGCUGGGCAUUUUCCUGUGGCCUCUUGUGUCGUCACAUGAGUUUGGGAUGUGGUUGGAUCCAGUUCUGCAGAAACUGAAUUUUGGAGUAAGAGAAUUCCUUCAGAAGAUCAAGGAGAAUCAUGAGCAGAGAUUGCUGAAGGCCCAGACUGAGAAGGAGAGCAUUGAAGCUGAUCUGUCCUCACUGUUCCCUAAGCUGGACUCCACAGCAUGUAGGGAGCUGUCUGUAUCAGACACUGAAGUCUCUGAAAUAACGUGGACAGAUAACGGCACCUUCAACUUAUCGGAGGGACACACGCCUCAGACGGAGAACUCAGAGGACUUAGAUCGCCGCAGUGAAGAGGAAGUCUUCUCUGGUGGGCUCCCUGACUUUCCCUCCCUGGAUAACGGUCUGGGGACUAACGGCGAUGAUGAUGACCUGAGCAUAGGUCUACCCACACAAGGAGAACGUGUGGAGGGGGAGGCAGCAGCACAGGCUCUGGAACUGGUGCAGAGGAUGGCUGGAGAUGUGAUUACAGCAGCAGUCACCACAGCCAUGCAGGAGCGUCUACAGGCAGUUGGGGUACCAGCACUGGCCCAGGCUUUGGCCGAGGACACAGACAGCGAGGCAGAGGACUUUGAGCUGCUAGACCAGUCUGAGCUGGAGCAGCUGGAAGGGGAGCUGGGCCUGGAGAAGCCCAGUGAUGAGACCCAGCCCAAAGGCACCAAACAACCAGGCUUUUUCUCCAAACUGCUUGGACGCCACUGAUGCGACUCUUCUCAAGGGCACCUGGUCCUGCCUGCAAUUGAGCAGGAGUGUGGGACGGAAAUGGUUGGAGGAACUGGGAAAGGUCCAGACUAAAGAUGGUAUUCCAUUGUUUUUUUUUGUUUGUUUUUUUUUUUGUAAGUUCACGGAAUCACUUUGCAGUAAUCUGCAAAUCUGUAGAGGAAGAAGGCAUCUUGUGCAAUGGUGAACAAGUGUGGGAACGACAAUGCAUUUGGCAUGAGCUUGGUGUUCAAUAUUUUGGAUAUAAAAGUGACAGUUGGCCAGAAAUUUAAUUUACACACUGUUCUCCUCAAAUGACAAAUGUAGUCAAUCAACCAAGACAUAUUUGCUUUGUGUUUUGAGACAUGUUAGCUCAGUUUGGCUCUGGAGUCUUGAGGCUGAUGUAGCUAACAAGUAAUAUAAACUUCUAUACACUUAAAAAA